UUUGGACAGCGUUGACAUUUUAUUUGCAGUAAACAUGCUGUAGGGUGUACCGCUUGUUACAAGUGUUUUUAAGGUUUUUCCAGCGGUUUUGAUGUUUUUCAAACUAACAGUAUUGACAGCUGUCCCACAGGCCGUGAACGCAGCAUGACACAACAGUGAAGAUGGCGUGUUGUGGAAACUGUUUUUGUUGCCAGUGUUGCUGCAGAGAAGGAGAGACGCGGACACCAGAGGAGCUGACAAUCCUUGGGGAAAUCCGAGAAGAAGAUGAUGAAAUUCUGCCCAGGAAGGACUAUGAGAGCUUGGAUUAUGACCGCUGCAUCAACGAGCCCUACGUGGAAGUUCUGGAGGGGAUGGACAACAAGAAAGCCAAAAAGUACGAAACAGUCCGGUGGAUGAUGAUGUUUGCCAUCGGAGUGGCGGUGGGUCUGGUGGGCCUGUUUGUGGAUUUCUUCGUACGCCUCUUCACUAAAAUCAAGUUCACUCUGGUUGGUGAUUUGGAGAAGUGCAGCGACAAAGGCUGCCUCUCUCUGUCUCUGCUGGAGCUCCUGGCCUUCAACAUGACCUUCGUCUUCAUUGCCAGCGUGCUUGUCCUAAUUGAGCCAGUAGCUGCAGGUUCGGGGAUCCCAGAAAUCAAAAGUUACUUGAACGGAGUGAAGAUUCCCGGAAUCGUCCGGCUGCGAACGUUCCUCUGCAAGGCUGCUGGAGUCCUGUUCAGCGUGGCUGGAGGUCUGUUUGUGGGGAAGGAAGGUCCAAUGAUCCACAGCGGCGCCAUUGUGGGAGCUGGCCUUCCUCAGUUUCAGAGCAUCACUUUCAAGAGGAUCAACUUUGAUUUUCCCUACUUCCGCAGUGACAGGGACAAGAGAGACUUUGUGUCAGCCGGCGCUGCUGCAGGAGUAGCUGCUGCCUUCGGUGCUCCGAUAGGUGGCACCCUCUUCAGUCUGGAGGAGGGCUCCUCUUUCUGGAACCAGGCCCUUACCUGGAAAGUGCUCUUCUGUUCCAUGUCGGCCACGUUCACCCUCAACUUCUUCCGUUCGGGGAUCAACUUCAACAAGUGGGGCUCCUUCCAGCUUCCUGGGCUGCUCAACUUCGGAGAGUUCAAGUGUCCAGAUGGAGAUAAGAACUGCCACCUGUGGACAGCAGUGGACCUGGCCUUCUUUGUCCUGAUGGGGGUGGUGGGUGGCCUGCUGGGGGCCCUCUUCAACUGCAUGAACAAGGGUCUGGCGAAAUACCGCAUCCGCCACAUCCACCCGAAGGCCAAGUUCAUCAGAGUCCUGGAGAGUCUGCUGGUUAGCAUGGUGACGACAGUGGUGAUAUUUGUAGCUUCCAUGGUGUUGGGCGAAUGUCGGGACCUGUCCUCCCCCACAGCCCACAACACCACGCUGUCCGGCAGUGAGGACAUCAACUCAACCGUCCGCCAGUUCUUCUGCACCAACAAGACCUACAAUGACAUGGCCACGUUGUUCUUCAACCCGCAGGAAGCAGCCAUCCACCAGCUCUUCCACCAGGAAGGUACCUUCAGCCCUGUGACUCUGUCAGUGUUCUUCCUACUGUACUUCCUGUUGGCCUGUUGGACGUACGGUGUGUCUUUACCCAGUGGGCUCUUUGUGCCCUCGCUGCUGUGCGGGGCGGCUUUUGGACGUCUGGUUGCCAACAUCCUCAAAGUGAAACUGGGAAUGGACAUCUACUCGGGGACGUUUGCUCUCAUCGGAGCUGCCGCCUUCCUUGGAGGUGUGGUCAGAAUGACCAUCAGUCUGACUGUCAUCCUAAUCGAAUCCACCAAUGAAAUCACAUACGGGCUGCCCAUUAUGAUCACACUAAUGGUUGCUAAGUGGACGGGAGAUUUCUUCAACAAGGGCAUCUAUGACAUCCACAUCCAGCUGAGAGGAGUGCCGCUGCUGGAGUGGGAGACAGAGAUCGAGAUGGACAAGCUGACUGCCAGUGACAUCAUGGAGCCCAACCUCACCUAUGUGUACCCCCACACCCGGGUCCAGUCUCUGGUCAGCAUCCUGCGCACCACCGUCUACCACGCCUUCCCCGUGGUCACUGAGAACCGGCAGAACGAGCGGGACUUCAUGAAGGGGAACAUCCUGGUCAGCAACAACAUCCGCUUCAAGAAGUCCAGCGUGAUGUCCCGUGCAGGGGAGCAGCGGCGGCGCUGCCAGUCCAUGAAGUCGUACCCGUCCAGUGAGCUGAGGAACGUCUGUGACGAGCAGAGCGCCGCGGUGGAGCCGGCCGAGGAGGGCGAGGAUCUGCUGCAGCAGAUGUUGGAGAGGAGGCACGCUCCCUACCCCAACCUCUACCCAGAUCAGUCCCCCAGCGAGGAGUGGACCAUGGAGGAGCGCUUCAGACCGCUCACCUUCCACGGCCUCAUCCUGCGCUCACAGCUGGUCAACCUGCUCAUCAGGGGGGUCUGCUACACUGAGAACCAGUCGAGCGCCACCCAGCCCAGGCUGUCCUACGCAGAGAUGACAGAGGAUUACCCACGUUACCCUGACAUCCAUGACUUGGACCUCGCCCUGCUCAACCCCCGCAUGAUAGUGGACGUCACCCCCUACAUGAACCCGUGUCCCUACACAGUGUCACCCAACACCCGCAUCUGCCAGGUGUUCAACCUGUUCAGGACCAUGGGCCUGCGACACUUACCUGUGGUCAACGCUGUGGGGGAGAUUGUCGGAAUAAUCACAAGACAUAAUUUAACCCACGAGUUCCUGGUGGCCAAACUGCGACAGCACUACAUCACCAUUUGAGUCGACUCUGGACGUCCUGCCGUCCUCCUCCGACCCCCCCAGACUCUGUUCAGCCUGGUCCUGAGCCUCUUGUCUCUGUCCUUUCCUAACAGCAUGUUCCCAAACACUUUCAGGGCUUUCACAACCACACACACGUUCUCCGUCACCCAGUCAGGAACACACUUCUCCAAUAAGUGAAACCAUUCAGUUGUAUUUCACAUUUCCAGUGUAGCGUUGUCAGCCUCCGAUCCACCGGGCCGGACACAUGUACUGUAGGUACCAUACAACAGUUAUGGAAUAGAUAAUUGCUAAUGUAACUGGAGGACUGAGAACAGGUUUCUUUUUUUAAAUCAGGAGAUCGCUUCGUUAGCAGCAUCACACAGUCCCAACAUGAAUUAUAUCUGUGGUCUCCACACAGAUGAAGACCAGCCCUGAAGAUUUGUUCAGUGAUUCUGACAGGUCUGAAGUUGAGCUCAUUGGCUGCUGUUUCUGCUGGUUGGAGACGCAAUUGACCAAUCAGAGCUUGCUAGGCAGAAUUCAGACUGAGGAAGUCAUCGUUAGCUAGCUAUAGAACUACAUCUGGGAAAACAUGCAAAACAGAAACAGAGCAGACUUGCAGUGGUGCUGUGCCAUGCUUCUGACGGCCCAUUAUUCCAAACUCCAAUAGUCUGAAAAAUGUCUUACUGGACCUAAAGCCCAUUUGUCAGCCCGUUACCCCGAAAAACAAAUUCCCAAUGCUCUGAAAAUACCAGUUGUUAGUUCAGUGGCUGACCCCGAGUCUGUGGUGCUCAGUCGGCGCUGAUUUUAUUCCCUCGUUGGAAAUUUGUCUGCGACAGUAACAUCUUUUGAAAUGUGGUUUGGUGGAAGGCUGGCAAAUCCUAUUAAAGGGUCAUUUCGGCAUGUUUAAACCAGGGCCCUGUUUCCACAUAUUUUAGGGUCAAAAUGACUCGUAGGUACGAAUCUGCAGCCGUGGCGUCCACAGAAAGUGCUUCUUCUGCCUGCAACAGGCUCAGGCUGUUACACCAGGUGUCUGACAGCAUCAUGGAAAGGAUCCCUACAAGGGACUCCCGCUGACCCCCUUUGUUUUUAACAGGAAACUGAAGUCUUGCGAAUCUGGCGAGGGGACAGUUGUUGCAGGAAGAUGGUGGUGGAAACGAGGGAGAGGAGUUUGUUGUGUAGGUAGAGGAGCUGCUAGAAUCUCCAACACAACAAACUCUUCUCUCCACCUCACAUUACCACCAGCGUCUUUCUGCAACAACUGUCCUGUCACGUGAUUUCAGAGUGAGACUUCAGUCCUGUUAAAAACAAAAGGGCUCAGCAGGAGUCCCUCGUAGGGAUCCUUUCCAUGACGCUGUCAGACACCUGGUGUAACAGUCUAAGCCUGUCUGUGUUUUUUUUGUUCCCUGAAGGAAAAUGCUGUGACUGCCGGCUGAAGCAAACCUUUUCGUUCCUUCUAGUUUACAACACCAACAAGUGUGGGAACAGGGCCCAGGUUAAGACAUACAGGAGUUACCAUUUAAGAGCGAAACACCAGCCCAUUCAGCGCCAUGGACCGGGCCAACAGUCCCUGAACUGAUACCUGGAGAGAGGGAAAUCCAGCUUUCUGUCAGAAAGCCGUCAGGAGGUCAGGUGACGUAGUUUAAGAUUAUAAAGAGAUCUGUAGGAAGGAGGUCGGGGUGGAUGGAUGGGUUUUUCACCCAGGAGACACGUGUCCUGUGUGAAACCAAAAGUCAACAUUGAUUUAUUAUUUUAACCCGACCAUGAUGUUUGGGCCGUCCCCCGAGCAGUGCUGAACAGACCCAGUCUUCAUCAGAGAGGUAACAUGAAGAGGAUUUAUAGUCUCCGCUCUGUUAACGGAGGAAUCUCACAUUAAAGUAAUGCUGUUUGCUGCAGCUGCAUCAGAGUGAGACAUUAGUUUGAAUUAAUUUGAACUUGAUUGUGUGACAGAGUGACUACCCAAGUGAAAUAUCAAUAUCACGUGCAAAGGUUUCCUUACUGCCUUCAUGAACAAACUUUUAUUUGACCUUUUCAUUUAGCUUUAUCAACGUUGUCACUGUAGCACUUUUACUUUUGUAGAGUAACUGGAACAUGUGCACUACAUGCAGGCUGCUAAAGACUGACCAUAUCACUUCAUUCCAGUACGGACAUACAGAAACAUUUCUAACCACUGCAGCGGUCUACACACACAUUAGCGUUUGUUUUGCACUUCUGAUAUGUUGUAGUAUUUAGUGAGCUCAGUGUUAGCAUGCGUCAGGGCUGAGAGGAUGUGUGUCUGGCGCUCUCAGGUUUCUUAUGUAAGAGGAAAUUUGGACUGAAUUUAAUAUUUCACAUUAAUCCUCAGUUAUCAGUUUCAUCAGCAGCAGGAGAGUCUCCCUGUCGUUUCAUUCUCAUUCCUAAAAGGGACUAAAAAUCGAGUCGGAGCGAAGACAAGUAACAGGAAGUGGAACUGUGCUUUUAUUGAUGGACAUGGAGUCCACUGUAUGUCAGGUUUCUAACGGCUUAUAACAAACCAUGAUGGCACAUAUAUGUACAUUCCUUAUUUGUUUCAUGUCUCUGCUUUAUGUUUUAUUUAAGAGAUUAUUUUUUAUACUGUUUUAUUGUUAUGAUUUGCUGCCUGUGAAUAAUUCACUGCAUUUCUAAAUGGACUGAGGCGGUCCUUAAUAAAAUUAUUGUUUAUAGUGAAGGCAUUGCAUUGUCUUCAAUAAAUAUGUUAUCCCAUCUAAACUCCACACUUGGCGUGGCAGGUGGCGUGCUGGAGCAGUGUGCAGGAACAUGUCCUGCUGCGAAGCAUGUUUCAUCUGACUUCCGUGGAGAUUUAGCCGGCACCCUGCGCUUCUUUAGAAGUCUUUGUUUCUACAGAUGCAGAGAACUGGCACAACAAGCUGCAGCGGUGGAAUAAAGAGCAGAGAGACCUCUGUCUUGUGCCUUUAUGAUUGUUCAAAUAAAGGUCCCUCUGUUCAAUCACA